AUGGUGUCGUUUUCCUGCGAGAGCUGUAUUAGCGAAGAGCAAAAAUAUCAAGGCGCUUUGUAUAAAAACAAGAAGGCCAAGACCGCACCUGCCCCUGCCGACCCUGUCGAAUACAUCGAACCCCCGAUGCCGAGCAAGAUGAGCCGCAAAAGCUAUGUGGAGGACGUUCCGGACAACGUGUCUGAUACCUACGGCGACUACGAGGAUAAUAGCGACGAUGAUCAUAGGUCGCCCAUCGAGCCGCUCCCCAAGGCCCCGACGCCUCCUCCCGUCCCUGAGAUGGUCAACGUCUUUGACUUCCUCACCCAAUUAGUACGGUACGAUUACGACGCCAAUGAGUGCCUUGUCGAAGGUGACGAGUUGGUCCAGUACGGCGCUGGACCCAUCCCCGCCACCGCGUACCAGACUCCCGCUGCCAAAGUUGCGCGGAAAAAGAGCAAGGAAGGAACCGAUGUCAAGACCGACAAGAAGCGCAAGCGACUUCACAUCGAGACCGACCAAGUCAUGACUGAUGCGCCCCCGUUCUUCACUCUGGCCUUACUGAAAUCGAAGCACUCGAAGGGCUCCAAGGCUAGCCGCCAGGAGGCUGCUUCAUCUAUUGGCAAUAAUCUGCUCUCCAUGAUGACUGCUGGAACCAAGCCCAAGACCAAGAAGAAGAAGCCGACCGAUAAGAAGACGCGCGCGCGUGCCGACAAGGCGACGAAGCUCAUCGAGUACCGACCCAGCUCCCGCGAUAGCAAGAACGAAGCUACCAAUGAUGGACAGAUGGUCGUUUUCAAACCCCGCGCCGACCUGUUCCUCAGCUACAUCACCAAGGGACCUGGAAGUGAGCGCGGCUGCAGCAUGAACAAGGUGCUCAAGCGCUACCACCGGGACAGGUCCCAAGACCGCGAGGGCUUAGGAAAGCUUGCUGAAGAGAAGGAGCUCUGGCGCAGCCUUCGCAUGCGGAAGAACGAGCGCGGUGAGAUUGUCCUGUUCACUGUCUAG